GAACAAGCCUGCGUACUCUAGUAUUUUAGUAGCACUUGUUAUAUUCGUAUGUUAUCUAGUUUAUAAAAGACACGCCAUAGUAGUUAAGGUGUUUUUUCAAAUGAUGCAGAUUGAACUAAACCCAACAGUCAUACGAAAGACGUUUGUGUAAUAUCAACAGCGUGCUAUUUUAGUGGGUGUUGUCAAGUCCAUUAGCCUUAGGGGGAAAUUCAGGGUAGCAGUACCAACAUGGAUUCUUCAGUAUGGACAGUACAGCUCCUUUUAUUGGCAGCCUGUUUCUUACAAGCUGCAGCUCUAAUUCAGUCACCACCUCGAAUGGUGAAACAACCUCCGACAGAAGAACUUCUGUUCCAAGUUGCACAGCAGCAGAAUGAGAAUGAUAAACCUUUCAUCAUAGAGUGUGAGGCAGAAGGAGAACCAGCCCCAAAGUAUCGAUGGAUCAAGAAUGGAAAACAUUUUGAUUGGCAAGCAUAUGAUGAUCGAAUCUCGCAGCAGCCGGGUCGUGGCUCCCUUGUAAUUUCAUCUCCUCGAGAUGAAGAUCUAGGUCAAUAUCAGUGUUUUGCUACAAACGAGUGGGGUACAGCCACUUCAAAUUCAGUAUUUGUCCGCAAAGCUGAAUUGAACUCUUUUAAGGAUGAACCACCUACCACAGUGAGUGCUCAGGAAGGUGAUCCUUUCAAGCUGACUUGUCAGCCUCCAGAUGGUUGGCCUAAACCAAAUGUGUACUGGCUUAUACAGAACAGCGAUGGUGGCAUAAAAAGCAUAAACAACUCUCGUAUGACUUUGGACCCUGAGGGUAACUUGUGGUUUUCCAAUGUAACCAGACAUGAUGCAAGUGAUGACUUUGCAUAUGCAUGUGCUGCCACGUCUGUGUUCAGAAAUGAGUACAAGGUUGGAAACCGUGUGUGGUUGGUAGUAGUACCAACUGGUGUGUCAGCAUCGCAAAACAGACAUGAACCUGUACAACAAUAUGUUACAAGGAAGAAUGAAGUUGCUUUACGAGGCAAGAAGGUUGAAUUGUACUGCAUAUUUGGUGGAACACCUCUACCUCAAACUGUUUGGCGUAAAGAUGGUCAAAUAAUACAUGCAUCAGAGAAGGUGACUCAGAGUAAUUAUGGCAAGAGCCUUGUCAUUAAACAUGCCUCAUUUGAAGACGAAGGAAGUUACACCUGUGAGGCUAGCAAUGGAGUAGGAACAGCCAAGUCAUACUCCAUCAACCUUCAGGUCAUGGCUGUCCCAUACUUCACUGAGGAACCCGAGAAUGUUAAUGCUGCAGAGGAUGAGACGAUUGAGUUCCGUUGCAAAGCGUCUGGCGUACCUGAACCCCAGAUAAAGUGGAUCCACAAUGGUCGCCCCAUCAGUGAGGCCCCUAUCAAUGUACGACGCAAGGUGACCCCUAACAGCAUUGUGAUCCAGAAUUUGAAAAAGAAUGAUACAGGAAAUUAUGGUUGCAAUGCUACCAACAGUCUUGGUUAUGUCUACAAGGAUGUCUAUGUCAAUGUUUUGGCUUUGGCUCCUGAGAUCAUAGAUCCUCCUCGGAAUGAGGCGACAGUUGAUGGACGCACCGUGACACUGAUCUGUCAUGUAUUUGGUGCACCAAAACCGCUAGUAAAAUGGAUUCAUGGUGGUGUAGAACUCACAGGAGGACGCUACUCAGUUCUUGACAGUGGAGAUCUUGAAAUCAGGGAUGUCAAUUUCAUGGAUGCUGGUGAUUACACUUGUUUUGCUGAAAACAAAUUUGGAGAUGCAAAGGCAGAGGGCACCCUGACUGUGAAAGAACAUACCAGGAUCACAGAUGGGCCAGAGGAUUAUGAAGUGGCCGUUGGUAGCACAGCGACUUUCAGGUGUAAUGCUGUGAGUGAUGCUUCACUUCCUCUCACUAUCGAGUGGUUGAAUAAUGGAGAGCUUAUAGAUUUUGAAGCGGAGCCUCGGUUUGUACGUUCUUCUGACUAUUCUCUCACCAUCACGAAAACAACCGAACUUGACUCACGCACCUACACGUGUGUAGCCCGAACAGAUCUGGAUAGUGCAAGUGCGCAGGCUACCCUGACAGUUCAAGACGUACCAAAUGCUCCAAACCUAAAGAGUGUUAUUUGCAAUAAACGUGAUGCAUCAAUUCACUGGGAACCAAUGGGCGAUAAUCGUGCUCCUAUUCUGCGGUACACUAUCCAGUUUAACACGAGCUUCACGCCAGACACAUGGGAGAUUGCAUAUGACUCUGUACCUGCAACAGAUAUGACAUACACUGUCGCAAUGAGUCCGUGGGCCAAUUACACUUUCCGAGUAAUAGCAUGGAACAAAAUUGGGCCCUCUGUUCCAUCACAGCAUUCUUCAGUCUGUACAACUCAAGCUGAUGUGCCUUACAAAAAUCCAGACAAUGUUGAAGGCAAAGGCACUGAACCAAAUAAUAUUGUCAUCAGCUGGACGCCAAUGCCUGAGAUUGAACACAAUGCUCCUCGGUUUAUGUAUCGAGUGUAUUGGAGGCGAGAUAUACCUGGCGAGCAGUGGGUCUCAAAUGACAUUUUGAACUGGGAGGACACCAAACUGAUUGUUCCUGACCAGCCAACUUUCCAGCAGUAUCGCAUCAAGGUCGUAGCCAUCAAUGAGAAGGGAGAAGCAAAUGUUGCACCCAAGGAAGUUAUUGGAUACUCAGGAGAGGAUGUUCCAACGCAGGCACCAUACAACUUCACACUUGUCCAAGUUAAGGACAGUACAACUGCCCUGCUCAGCUGGGACGCUGUCCCUCCAGAAAGUGUCCGUGGUCACUUCAAAGGAUAUAAGAUCCAGAUCUGGACAGAGAAAGAUGGAGAAGAUGGUUUACGUGAAAUUGAUGUGAAAGGUGAAAAAACAAACACAAUGGUUACGAAGUUCAUACCUCAUAGCAAGAACUUUGCACGGGUCCUUGUUUACAACAGCAGGUAUAAUGGACCGCCUAGCGAAACCCUCAGCUUUGAUACUCCUGAAGGUGUUCCUGGGACUGUGCAGUUCUUUGAAGCAUUCCCAUUAGGGUCUUCAGCCCUAUAUCUAAUAUGGAAGCGUCCAGAACAACCAAAUGGCAUCCUCACAGGCUACAAGAUUUACUAUCAGACUGUUAAAGGGACCAAGGUUGGUCCUAUACUUGAGAGGGAGCCACAUAUUUCAGACCCUAACCAGACUCGUGCAAAGCUGGCAGGUCUGGAACAAGGUACCAAGUAUAGACUUCACAUAAAGGCGACGACAAGUGCAGGAGAAGGGGAGGCUUACUUCAUUGAACAACGAACACGAUCACGAACGUCUGCUGCAGUCAUUCCUGACAAACCCAAGUUUACAUGGACAAAGUUGUCUUCAGAAGAAGGUUAUGCAAGAAUCAAGGUGGUUUGGCUGCCAAACAUUGAUGGAAUGCUAGGCUCCCACUUCUUUGUUAAGUACAGGAAGAAGGGUGAGACCAUGUUCCAGGAAACGGGUUCGGAGAUGAAUGAGGACUACAUCAUUGUGCGUGGGCUUAUGCCUGGUGAGAUGUAUGAAUUCAGUGUUGUUGCUGUUGACGGAGAACACAUGACUGAGAGUGAAGUGGAAGAAGUUGAGAUCUCAAGCAUGGAUAGCAUCAUCAUAAAGCCAAAGGAGAAUGUUGCUACUGCAGGAUGGUUCAUAGGGAUGAUGCUGGCCAUUGCAUUCUUGUUGCUUGUGUUGAUAAUUGUAUGUAUCAUCAAGCGUAACCGUGGUGGCAAAUAUGCCGUUCAUGAACGAGAAGCUGCACAUGGACGGACAGACUACCCAGAGGAGCCAGGAUUCCAUGAAUAUUCACAGCCACUAGAUAAUAAAUCCCAUGGUCGAGGGUCAAUGAGUAGUGACCCCAAAGCAGCUCCAGAGAGUGACACAGACUCCAUGGCAGAAUAUGGCGACGGAGACACGGGUCGAUUUACGGAGGAUGGCUCAUUCAUCGGACAGUAUGGUCCUGGGAGUAAACGGAGACCUGAGGAACAGCAGUCACCUUCAGCUAUCGCUACCUACGUGUAGUGGAGCUCACCAUUGACUGACCAAACGAACAAAGGACUGACUGCAAUGUAGGGAAAUUGAACAGAAACACUUUCCUACAAGAUACCACCACUGAAAGGGUGCCAUGCAACAGGGCACGAAUGCAUUAACAGUGCAUUUAUUAGUAUUUAUUAUUAGGGGAUAUGAACUUCGCAUUGCCAAGAGACGAGUACUGCCAGGACUUGUAUGGGUGAUAGUAGGAAUCGAGUAAUAAGAGAAAUGAUGGAGGUCAUAACAACAUAAGGGGCUAUAGAAAGGCAAUACCUUAAAAAGAAGCAAGUGUUUUUAUUCAUUCACUAGGUUUCAUUCAUGGAAGAACUUAAUCUUCUCCGUGGAUGAAAUCUGGCAUGUGAACAGUGUGUUAUUCCCUCCCUGCUAUGUCUGUUUCCUCUUAUGUUGUUGCCCAUGGUAUCCAUUUUUUCUCCAGUUUUUUUAUACAUUAUCGUAGCUUGUUUUUUAUACUCAUUAGAUACACUUUUUUUCCCUAGGAUGGCAAUAUUGCAGGCAGUACCAGAUGCUUCCCAGUUAAUGAUUGUGGGUGGGAAAUCACAUUUGACUAAUAUGUUUUCAAUCUGCUGCCUGGCUUGAUGUGGAUGGCAUGCAAGGAGAGGAGCUGUAGAUCUGUAAAGCCAUUUCUCUUCACUUUUAUUGCAACAUUAUCUACUUUUGAAACACACGCGACUCCUCGAGGGUAGUUCAGAUUGUAUCAGGCCCCUGGACAAUUUAUCGCUUCUUGAUUUAUACAUCUUUUAUUUUGAUUAGCUUGUAGUUGCUGCUGCUGCUCCAGGGUUGCAUGAAAAAGUAACACACAUAUUAAACUGUUCUGUCGCCAGGAGCCCAGCAUGUUACGUCAAUGAUGACACCAGUUCUCAUGAUUCCAUUAAAAUAGCGUUUGUAACAUCGUAGCAAUGACCAAGUUUCCUUGUCCAGUGUCCCAAAUAUGGCUUGUUCACAUUUACCCGGUAAUACCAA